AUGGCGAAUCAAAUGCCGAUAUACAGUCAAGUGUUGCCGAAGUCCCAGUAUCGUGGUAAGAAUUCGAAAUCGAGUAGGUCCCAAAUGGGGACUAGAGACUUUGAUCCUUUGAAUUUCAAUAAUGGCGGGAACUUUCUGUCGCCGACAGAUAAAGGCGAGAAAUGCGAUAGACCGGAUAGAGGGGAUAGAGUAGAUAAAGAGAGAAAGGAUAGGAGGGAAAGGUCAAGGGAUGAAGCGAGUAGGUCUAGGAGAACACAGAACAGGAAUGAGGUGAGCGAGAAUAAGGUGGAGGCGUAUCUAAGGCAGAAUCAGGUGAACAUGAGGCAGCAACAGCACAGACAUUCAGCAGUCAGGCAGGCUGAGCAUAGAGUUAAUUUAAGAUCUCUACAACUAAACGACGUUGUGUCCACCCGUGGACACGAUAGGACCCCGACUGAGAAGCAUCGGGGUUUCCCUGGAGAUAAGGACAACACGAGGGAACACCGUCGUGAGAGGGACAAAGACAGAGAUAGAGACAGGGAGAAUUACGAUUUUGACGGUAAGCCUUUUUGA